AUGACAUAUGAGAGUCAGACCGAUAGGUCUGUGUCGCCCAUCCAGUCCAUGUUUGAGGAGAGCAUCACAGCUCCGAGUGCUGUGAGCUUGAUAAAGUCGACUGUUGAUGAGUCAAUCACCGAAGCCUUCGCUCACGAGGUUCCUGAUGAAGUCAGAUUUCAUCACCAACCGAGUCCCUUGUCUCGGGCCAUGACAAUUACCACAGAUAUUUUCGCACUCUCUCUCGGCUUCGGUCAUUUUGUAUUUGUCUGUCUAGUAGCAUCAUACCACGGCCGUCCCAUGGAUUUCAAGUAUGGACAAUUCCAGGCUAUCCUGACUACGGCUGCCCCAAUCUUCCCCAUGGUAUAUGCAUUUAUUAUGGGAAGACUUUUCUACCAUUCUGCCCGGCUGCAGCUCGAAAUGGGGAGCUCACUUGGUACUCUGGAGCAACUUAUUGGGAGCCAAACAGUAGGCGGGGCUGCUGCUAUUCAUCUCAAAACAGCAGCUUUUAACCCUCUAGCUGUGCUGAUUCUUGCUUUAUGGUCAUUUUCUCCUCUCGGCAGUCAGUCGCUACUACGUAUUCUUCAUCAAGAAACGCCGUCGGACGAUGCAAACUUUGUCUAUCUGAACACUCAGAAAGCCUAUCCCAAUGAAAUACUCAACGGCUCGAUGGAGGAUUCAUACAUUAGGAGCUUGAAUUUGGAUGUAAAUAUUUCGACUGGACCAACUGAUCCUUGGGGGCAUACUAAAAUUCCCUUCUUAGAGCCGGCGGCUCUGAAUCUAAAGGAUAGCCAAUCUUGGCAUGAGCUACCUUUCAACCAGACGAGGUCAUACUCAGCAUUAUUUGGUGUCCCGAUAUCUCAUCUACUCCCCGGAAUCAGCAUGGUAUCCAUUGAAACAACCUAUGUGGAUUUGGAAUGCGAGCCUCUUGAAACGAAAUGGGAACCUGUCGAACCUUCCCUGUACGAGACAAAGCUGAAUCAAACAGCUCUUCAGGAAAUUGCUUUGCACACAGGAAGAAUGCUUCGGAACUACACUGGAGUGAUUGCUAAUGGAAGCUGGUACGGAUAUCAGCAGCACUCGGAGAUCUUCAAAACACCCCGCUGGAAUAUUGCCCUGAACCGUUUCAUUGGUACAGAUUGGCUCGCCUUCAGGGUGUCUAGUCUCGAUGUUUUCCAAAAUGAAACCGCAAUCGAGGCAGGCUUGACCAAAAUUCUCGUUCAGUUUGACUUUCCACCGGUUCGGGACUUUAAUGGGACAAAGGACCCCACGAAAAAUUUCUUCACUAGGAGUGAGUGCCGCGUAUCGCAAAAGCAUGUGGAGACUCGACUGUCUUGUUCAGCUGUUCCUCAAAAGCUCCGACCAGACUGUCACGCGGUAGCUCAGCGCCCGUCUCUCAAACCGCACCCGCCUGAGAAUCUUUCCAUUCUUUCUCAUCCCCAGAUAUUCGGUGCCAUUUCACGGCUCAUCCCCUCCGUGUUACUGGAUGGGAAAGGAACUCUAGACUACAUCUUCAACAUGGCAGAUCUACAAAUGAUUUCAGCAACCAAUCUCAGUACACGUUUAAGUCAGGCCAUCAACACGUUCUACCUGGUGCACCAAAUCUCUGAAUUUAUGGACCCCCUGGAAGACCCAUCAUACGAGCUUGGCGCUCCCUAUUCGGCUUGGACUGUUGGCAAUGCCACCAGAACAGAUGUCUAUUAUGUUUACUUGAUAAACUGGCCUUGGAUGGUUGUCUGUCUGGUCUCCUGUCUAAUUCUUACGCUUGCAAGCAUCGUGGGAGUGGGAUUUGUACACUUAGGGCAUGGGCCGGAGGUGCUAGGCUAUGUCUCUACUGCUAUCCGAGAUUCUAAUAUUGCCGGGCUACCUCCUAAAGCGGGACAAAUGGAUAGGGAUGAAUUAUCCAAAAUAAUGAGGAAGAGGCGCUUUAGAUAUGGCCGAAAGCUUAAUGAUAAGGGGCCGCAUACGGUUGGAUUUGGGCCGGAGGAGGAUAUAAUUAUUCUGUAG